AAGCCUUCACAGUUCACAGUUUCACAGUUCGCAAUUGCACAAAACCUCUUCUCACUUCUACUGCUGAGCGCUUUCCUCCCUCCUCGGCCUCUAUCGUCGACGUUAAUUGUCUGAUUCGUUGAUUCCUCCAUCUCCGGCCUGACACCGAUUCCAUCAUCUGUGUUCAGCCAUUUCCCUAUGUCGACGACGACAACGAGUGUACGAGACGAGUAGUUCUUUGCCCUCCUCCACUCCUUUUCCAUCGUUCAUUUCCAGCAGCUAUAUCAUACAAUUAUAAAAUUUGGGACUUGCACUCAAGAUACCAAAUGUUGGUUCCUCGCCAAAUGCUCACUAGAGCCCUACAUAUCCGCCACAUCAGACAAUCCUCCACAUCAGCAGCAGCUUUAAUUAAAGAUUAUGAUGAAACCCCACUGACAUAUCUUGAAGGCUUUCCUAAACCAGACCCUAAACAUGCUGAGACCAUUCACGCGUUGCCACGUGGACUCUCUGGGAAAAACAUAUCAGCCAAAGAACGCAAGGCUGGACGUGUCCCAAGUAUUGUGUUUGAGCAAGAAGAUGGACAACAUGGAGGCAACAAAAGGCUGAUUUCUGUUCAGAAUAAUCAAAUCAAGAAACUUGUAAAUCAUCUUGGAACUUCUUAUUUUCUUUCACGCCUCUUUGAUCUUGAGGUGAGAGCUGAUGUUGGAAGUGAUGAUGUUAUUGAGAAAGUUCGUGUCUUGCCUCGAUUGCUUCAUCUUCAUGCUGCUACAGAUGCUGUGCUGAAUGUGACAUUUGUAAGAGCACCAUCUCAUGCUUUAUUGAAGGUUGAUGUUCCACUUGUGUUUAUUGGAGAUGAUGUGUCCCCUGGGUUGAAAAAAGGGUCUUAUCUAAACAUAAUUAAAAGAACAGCAAAGUUCAUAUGUCCAGCGGAUAUAAUCCCUCCAUUUAUCGAAGUGGAUUUAAGCGAAUUAGACGCGGGUCAGAAAUUGGUGAUGGGGGAUCUCAAAGUUCAUCCUGCGCUCAAGCUUGCGCGCUCUAAAGACGAACCCAUUUGCAAGAUUGCUGGUGCAAGGGCUUCUUUAGAACAAAAGAAGUCCAAAUAAUCACUACCAUUUAUUUUCUCAAGGAAAGACAGUAUGGAUUUUGGUUCGAAGUUUUCCUUCACCCCCAAUAAAGUUAAAAUGGUGUUUUGUUGGCUUGUUUUUUACUGCAUGGAAUUUUGUCACCCUAUUUAAGUAGUGUUUUCAGGGAUAGGUAUUUUGUUGCAUUAAAUUUUUAAUAUAAAAUUAAGAUAACUAGUCAAAGAUUUCAAGAUUAUUUAGACUCUAUUUACA